AUGAAUGAUAAUCAAUUGGCAACAACAACAACAUGUAAUAAGGUAACAAAUACUACUGAUAAAACUACUUAUGAACAGAAUAUAACACAAUUGAAAUUAAAAUCAUCAUCAUAUAUUACUAAUAAAGAAUUAGAACAAUCAUCUAAUUCGAAAAAACGUGUUUUCUGUGAAGGUUUAAAGAAAAGUCGUGUAAAUGAGGGAUAA